UGGUAGUACUGCUCUGUUAAUUCUUUGUCUUCCAGAUGAUACUAGUAAGGAUGAAACAGAAGGUCAUUUUCUGACUAUAAUCAGGGCCUGAUGACAGUAAUGUUCAGACUACCGGGGUUUUCAUGAAGCUAAAACGGUGAAAACCUGAUUCAGACUAUGGCUUGUGUAAGGUUAUGAUGAAAACAUUGUAUCAUAACAUAUGAGUGGAACUAAAAAAAACCCUGAAAACUCAGGAUAUAUUUAGGAGCAUACAGGUGACAGUAAGCUUGAAGUGUCUUUAGGAAAGUGCUAGAAGCAAUGCAAAAGAGCACAAAUAAAGGACACUUAAAAAUCACAGUGUGUUCAGGUUGUAUUUAUAUUUCUAAAAGUAAAUCUUAGAUGUACUGCUUUUCUUUGAAGGUGGCAGCAGUUGUGUGGGCAAGAAAGAUCCAAUUUCCACAGGUUGCUUGGAUUUCUGAAAGAUGUAGAGUGCUGAUAAAUGUGAGGUGAUGUAAGUGGGGAAGAUCUGUGCUGGCUUUAUAUACACAGCUUGGGUUCUUGUCAGGUACAGUGCAAUGUGUAUAACAGCUCUCAUUUGCUCUGUUCUUGGUGGGGAGAUGAUGACAGAUGAUUGCACUGAAAUUUAUAAGCAACCAAAAUUACAUAGAAGUGGAAUCAGGAAAGGGUUGCGUGGCUGCCUAAAGAGCGAGCAGAUGUGUGUGUUCUGAAAGAAUUUUCUGGUGAGUGGCACAGGACCACUUCAUCAAAUGGAGAGUGGAUCCAGUAGGUAGUAAGUGAGUUUGAUCCCAGAGCACAGCCACCUGCGAUUUUGAUUUGGAUCUCUCGUGGCAUUAUCAUCAUUAAGCUCUUGUCAAGCAUAGAGACUAUCUGACCUGGACUCUGUGUUUCCACAAGAAAAAAUGAAGUGGAUUUGCUGUAUGGAUUGCCAGCAGAGGUGGAUGAAGAAGCCUCGAUGUGGAGUUCCGGAUCAUCCUCACCUACGUCGCAGUCGCAGCCGGAGGAAAAAGCGGUAUGCACUCACUGGCCAGAAGUGGAGACAGAGGCACAUAACCUACAGUGUACACAACUACACCCCCAAGGUUGGUGAGAUUGAUACAAGGAGAGCCAUUCGUCAGGCCUUCGAUGUUUGGCAGAGAGUGACACCACUUACCUUUGAAGAGGUCCCUUACCAUGAAAUUAAAAAUGACAGAAAGGAGGCAGAUAUUAUGAUCUUUUUUGCUUCUGGUUUCCAUGGAGACAGUUCCCCAUUUGAUGGAGAAGGUGGAUUCCUGGCUCAUGCUUACUUUCCUGGACCGGGAAUUGGAGGAGACACUCACUUUGACUCAGAUGAGCCAUGGACCCUGGGAAAUUCUAAUCAUGAUGGGAAUGAUCUCUUCCUGGUUGCCGUCCAUGAGCUGGGGCAUGCGCUGGGUCUGGAGCACUCCAAUGAUCCCAGUGCUAUCAUGGCUCCUUUCUACCAGUACAUGGAAACACACAACUUCAAACUGCCUCAGGAUGACCUCCAAGGAAUUCAGAAAAUCUAUGGUCCUCCUAUAGAGCCCCUGGAGCCAACCAGGCCUUUACCAACUCUUCCUGUUCGCAGAAUUCACUCCACUUCGGAAAGAAAACACGAGAGACAGCCACGACCUCCCAGUCCUCCUCUGGGUGAUAGGCCAGCUCUGCCUGGCUCCAAACCAAACAUCUGUGAUGGCAACUUUAACACUGUGGCUCUCUUUAGAGGAGAAAUGUUUGUUUUCAAGGAUCGCUGGUUCUGGCGUCUGCGCAACAACCGGGUGCAGGAGGGGUAUCCCAUGCAGAUUGAGCAGUUCUGGAAGGGCCUCCCUGCAAAGAUCGACGCAGCCUAUGAGCGCUCUGAUGGCAAAUUUGUUUUCUUCAAAGGAGAUAAGUACUGGGUUUUUAAGGAAGUGACAGCAGAGCCAGGCUACCCUCACAGCCUGGUGGAGCUGGGGAGCUGCCUGCCCCGGGAGGGCAUCGACACAGCGCUGCGCUGGGAGCCCGUGGGCAAAACCUACUUCUUCAAAGGGGACAGGUACUGGAGGUACAACGAGGACAAGAGAGCAACGGACCCAGGCUACCCAAAGCCCAUCACCGUGUGGAGAGGAAUCCCUCAGGCUCCUCAGGGGGCUUUCAUCAGCAAGGAAGGCUUUUACACCUACUUUUACAAAGGGAAGGAGUACUGGAAGUUCGAUAACCAGAGGCUGAGUGUGGAGCCAGGCUACCCCAGGUCGAUCCUCAAGGACUGGAUGGGCUGUAACCAGAAGGAAGUUGAGCGGAGCAAGGACCGGCGCCUCCCGCACGAUGACGUGGAUAUCAUGGUGACAAUAAAUGACAUGCCCAGCACUGUCAAUGCCAUUGCAGUGGUGAUCCCCUGCAUCCUGUCUCUGUGUAUCCUUGUCCUGGUAUAUACAAUCUUCCAGUUUAAAAACAAAGAGGUGCAGCAAAAUGUUGUGUACUACAAAAGACCUGUCCAGGAAUGGGUAUGACACAGCCUGCUGCACAUUUAAACUCACUGAGCUGAUGAGGACUAUGGACACACACAAAAAAGAGGAAAAAAUGCAUUGAAAAGCCUACCAAACAAAACUACUUCAGUGACCUACAAGUUUUGGACACCCUGGGAUGGAAAUAAGCAGGAAAACUGGAAAAAAUACAGGCAGGCAGCCCUGCAGCAUGGAGCCUCUUUCCUUUGUACUGCUUUGGUCACCUGCCAGUCACGGUGCCAUCCACCGGCUCGCUCUGCCAGCACCAGAGUCUUCAAGACAGGUUUCAACUGAUCUGGGAAACUCCUUCAGUUCCCUGCACCAGUGCUCCCUGUUAAACCCAGCAUUCUCCAGUGUAGCUAAACCACCUCUGAACAGAACCAUUUUUUAAUAGCUGUCUCAUAAAUGAAUUAAGAUCAUGAAAUCUAUGAACACGAACGAUUUCAGUGUCAUAAGAAGAAGACAUUCUGAUGCUGAAUCAUUCUAAAAAAACCUUCUUAGUUUAUUAAAAAAUCCAGGGAUCUACCUGGAUACAAUUUUCCAAUACCUGCUGGUCAGAUGUUUUGUACAUCCAUAACUAAUCAAUGCUGCCACUCAGCACAGUGCACGAGGAACCACGGAGCACUCAAAGAGGUACCGGAGUGCGGAGCAGAAGCUCAAGAAGCACCAAACCAGACCUGGCAACAUCAAUCCCUAGACUGGGACAACCUGAAUACAAAAAAAAAAAUGGGUCUUAAAAAAAAAAAAAAAAUCAUGGUUUUUGUUUUGGGAGCCACUCAUGAAAGAAAUACUUAAAUGUCAUGUAAGUUGGUUUAAGCUCCCUCCAGCAAGAACCCAGGAAUCAAUGGUUACCAAAAUAUGGGGAAUGUGUAUAGACAGACUGCACUCUGCCCGUUCAGAUGCUGGGAAAAGAUGAGUUGUUGUUCUGUGGCAUGUGUAACUAGAUUGUGGAAUUUGUAUGUUGGGUUUCGGGAGAACAGAAAUGUUUGUUUGGAGUGAGGUCGUCAUUAUAUUUUGCUGAAAUAAUCAAGGUUCCGUAAGUAUUAGGCCUGUUUAUAAAACCAAAUCCAACCCCUGUAGAUGUUACAAACAUUGUAUGCCUUCAGAAUUUGGGGGUUUGUUUCGCCCACUUCUUCAUAGGCAAAUAUUUGGCAAGGACCAAAGGAAGCAUGCCACACAGUAGAAUGAGUUUACCAUGCUUGACAGAGCCAUAAGAAUCAGGUAAAGGCAAGAAAAAUACCUUAACUUUCAGCUAGUGACUUUCCACAGAUCUCUUCCUACAACAGUAGCUUCUGCUUAUCCUUCUUACAGUUGUGAGUGGUUCAGGACAUUUUGCCCUAGCCACAAAGUUUUGAUUUUCAUGUUGAUGCUGAUAUUUUUACCAUGUUGAAUAAGAGUGAAAGAGCCUUUUGCAGUGCAGUGUUAACGGUGAAGUCCAGCACUAUACAGAAUGCCAUCCAUGUCAGCACAGGAAUUGCUUUGCCCGCUCACCAUGGGGAACAGGUGAUUAACCUAAACCCUCUGCCUAUAACUGAAUUUUAUUGAGUGCAAUGAAGUGCAAUGCACAGAAUGUCCACUUAGUAUAGAAAAAGUACAGCUUUGUAAUGUCAGCUCUGAAAAAAAAACCCAAUGACAACAAACACACUAAAAGUAUUCCUAAUUACAAUGAGGAACAAAGCAGCAGAGAGAUCGUUAGCAUUCCAGAUUGCUAAUUAGUGCUCAAAUAUUGCUCUGGUGAAGCAGGAUAGACACAUAGAUUAGUCUGGUGAAGCCCACUAGGACUGCAUUAACAUGUAGUCUCAAACUGUAUUUUGUCCUUCAUAACUGAUUUCCAUAGCCAAGCUGUUUAUUGUGUUUAAACAUAAACUAUUACCAACAUAUUACAAAGUAAGUGAGAAGCUCGUAGAUGCGAAACUUUGAACUGUAGUGACAAAAUGUGCUAACGUCUCAUGAUGAGUGAAGGAGUGCGAAGGACCAAACGAAAUCAGAGCUCCUGAUCAGACACCCCACGCCACUCCGCGUUGCUCUGUGUACCAGGGGUGUGGUGGGACACCCCACGGCCACCUGGCACCUCGGUCUCAUCUGUACGCUGCCAUCUCGCCGGGACUGCAACAGCCCAAACCUUUGAGCAACUUCCAACAGCCAUCAUUUAAAAAAAAAAAAAUUAAAAAAAAAUUGACAACUGAGAGCAA